AUGUCAGGUUGCUCUUUCACUAACAUUCCCUUCCCUCUAACAGUGACUCGAUCCCACAAGCUUAACGAUCGCGACCACUCAGGGGAAGAACCCUUGCCUCGUUACUUCGCAAAAAGCGGCUUUCUCGAUGCUGACCCGAAGAAGACAAAGAAGGACGGUGGUGGGAAGGCCAAUUGGGGUCGAGAAGGGGAAGAGGUGCAUGAUUACGGCUAUACCUUCGCAAACGCCCGUCGUCGAUCUAACAGUAGCAAUCAAGGGCUUGAAGACUUUAAGACCAAGUUUGAGGCCGUUGAACAUGACCCGGUUUUCGAAGAAGAAGAUAUCAACGACCCAGAUAAAGAGUUGGAUGCUGAAAAUGCAAACGCAAGGAGCAACAACUCAGAGGCAAAUGCUAACGAAGUCGGGGGAUUGAACUCGGAGAUUAAGAAGGCAAAGGCGUCAUAA